CUAUUAAUCAAAUAUCUAUACGAUUGACUGGACUCUCUAAACCUAAUCGCCGCUCACACGACUCACACGAAAGCCGCAACCGCGCCACCGCCGGCGAUAACCCUCAUUCCGUCACAGCCUCCACAGAUUCGAAUAUUCGAUUCACAACCUCAGUUGGGAUAAUGUCACAAUCGGAUACUGGGACAGGGGACUCUAAUGAUCCUCAUACUCAAACGCAAGCAGCAAGCUCUGCAAAUAAAAAACGAAAGUCUAUCAAGGAGAGAUCAGAAGUAUGGGAUCACUUCACAAAGUUUACGGAUGCGGAAGGGUGCAUGAGAGCAAGGUGCAACUAUUGUGAAAAGGUUUACCAUUCCGAUACUAGUACAAAUGGAUCUAGUGCACUCAAUAAACAUCUUAAACUUUGCAAGAAACUCCCGCUUAGUGGUGAAUCUAAACAAACACAAUUGUCAUUGCAAUCCGUAGGAGGAAACGAGGGCAUUCUUAAAAAAUGGCAUUUUGAUCAAAAAUUAUCUGGACAUAAAUUAGCCGCCAUGGUCAUUAUUGAUGAACUUCCGUUUAGAUUUGUCGAAGGUGAGGGGUUUAAUGAUUUUAUGAAAACCACUCAACCACUUUUUAAGAUGCCAUCUCGUUUUACCGUGGCAAGAGAUUGUUAUCAAAUCUUUUUGGAUGAAAAGAAGAAGUUGACUACAUACUUUAAGCUCUCCGGUCAAAGAGUUUGUAUUACCACGGACACUUGGAUUUCUAUCUAAAAGAUUAAUUAUAUGUGCAUUACGGCUCAUAACAUUGAUCAAAAUUGGAACUUGCACAAAAAGAUAAUUAACUUUUGUCCUAUAGAGGGUCAUAAGGGUGAACUCUUAGCUAGGGACCUUGACAUAAAAUUGAAAGAAUGGGAACUUGCCAAAGUGUUUGAAAUUACGGUUGAUAAUGCAAGUUCAAAUUAUACUUGCAUUCAAUUGUUGAAGGAUAGAUUGUCUUCUAAGGGGGGCUGAUUUUUUGAAUGGAAAGUAUAUGCACCUGAGAUGUAUUGCUCACAUAAUUAAUUUGAUUGUGAAUGAUGGACUCCUUGAUAUGAAAGCAUCGAUUAAAAGGGUGAGAAAGGUGGUUAGAUUUGUUAAUCAAUCUCCGGCUAGACUAGCCAAAUUUAAGGAGUGUGUUGACUUACAAAAUAUUACUUGCAAAUCUAUGUUGUGUUUGGAUGUAAGUACAAGAUGGAAUUCCACUUAUUUGAUGCUUAAUGUUGCCCAAAAGCUUCAAAAGGCAUUUGAAUUAUUCGAGAGAAUGGAUCCAUACUUUGUACAUGAGCUUAAUGAUCAAGGGGGGGGGGGGGGGUGCCUACAUCUUGGGAUUGGGGUAAUGUUAGAAGGUUGGAUGAGAUGUUGGUUCAUUUUUAUGAACUUACCUUAAGGAUAUCGGGUUCUUUGUAUGUCACAUCCAAUGUAUUCUAUCAUGAGAUUAGCACGGUUAAUUUAUUGUUGAAAGAUUGGAUGAAGAGUGUGAUAUUGAUGUGAGAUAUAUGGGUGAAAGAAUGAAGGAAAAAUAUGACAAGUAUUGGGGUGAUGUAAACAAAAUGAACAAACUCAUUUAUGUGGCGGUUGUCGUUGAUCCUAGAUACAAAUUGGAGUUUCUUGAUUUUGCACUUGUUGAAGAAUUUGGUAAUGAAAUUGGUUGGAAGUUGGCAAAUGACACAAAAAUGGUGAUGAAAGAGUUGUUUGACGAGUAUAAAACGACUUGCCAACCUAAAAAUACUCAAGACAAUAAUCAAGGAAAAUCUUCAAAUAAGUCUUCAAGUACUUCAACUUCAAGAACACAAUCGGCAUUGGGUGAAAGAUUUAUGACACAAAAAUUGGAGAGUGGAGAAAUAGAAUCCAAGUGUGAAUUAGAUAUGUAUCUUAAAGAGAGUGUUUAUGUCACGAAAAGUGAUGAUGAGUUUGAUAUUUUGAAAUGGUGGAAGGUUAAUUCAAGUAGGUUUCCCAUUCUCUCACAACUUGCACGUGAUGUGUUAGCAAUUCCAAUCUCCACCGUAGUAUCGGAGUCCGCUUUUAGUGUGGGUGGGAGAGUUCUUGAUCUUUAUAGAAGUUCUUUGUCACCCAAGGUUGUGGAAGGUUUACUUUGUGCUCAAGAUUGGUUAAGAUCCUACAAACGCCCAAAGACAAUCGAAGAAGACUUCAAUGAUAUUGAAAAGUUCGAAGAAGUAUUUUCUGCCCUUACUGUUGACAUAAAUCUUGAAGGCGCAACUAUAAACUUGGACAACGACAGCUAGGAGUUCUACCUGCUUGAUCAGGCUUAAUAAAACAAAUUGCAUACAAUUGGCUCCAGGCUACCUGUUUAAAGUGGAGAAUCUGACAUGCAUGAGUGAUAAGUGAUGAUUGAAUUUUGAUGGGUCCAUGACACAUGAGCAGCAGAGCAGAGCAUCCUGACUAUUUGUUUUAGUUUUUGUACUAGCAGACUACUGGCCAUGAUUUUUAAAGUUUGUAAACUAAUGACUACUUUGGAGUUGUGCUUUGAAUAUUAACUCUCUAAAUUAUCUAUGUUGGACUGGUGA